GGACAAUAGAUGGACUAGGGACACCUGACAGCGCUCUAGGCCAUGAAGCGCUUGGCGUGCAUAUGUUCCGCCCUGUUGUUUCUAUUGGACACCUCCUUAUUGCGCCAGCUUCAUUCAUCCCGGCAUAUAUCUUGCCGGGGUUGUUCGAUCAUACUGGUCCUACUUUUGGACGAGUUGCCGAAUUCAGACCUAGUGCGGCCUACUUCGAGCUUGCACCAUUCGCCACCACAUUCUAGCUCAAUCGAGGCUCUCAGGGCGAAUAUCGAACAAAUAGAGAGUCUUGCUCUUGCUCAAGUAAUUGAUCCGAAUCUUACUCUUGCUCGAGGAUCCACAACCUCAACUGCACGAGGGCAAGCGAAUUAGUCUGUGGGACGGAUAUAUGAGAAUCUAAACCCGUAUUCAGAACUCCCUCCUAGCGUUUUUUUAUCUUUCCACCAUUCAAAUAGACACCGCGUACUUCC